AUGACUGCCGCGCCCCUCCCCCCUCCGUUCACGCACACAACCCCACCGCCCACCCUCCUCGCCCAAGGCGCCGAAGCACGACUAUACAAAACGACCUUUCUGAACGACUCGACGCCCGCCGCGCUGAAAGUCCGUCCGUCGAAGCCCUACCGCCACCCCAUCCUCGACCGCCGGCUGACGCGGCAGCGCGUGCUGCACGAGGCGCGGUGUCUGGCGAAGCUCGUGCGCGAGGGCGUGCGAGUGCCGGGUGUGCUGGCCGUGGAUUGGGAGGGGAGUACGAAUACCAGCAGUCAGAAUGAGAGACCGGCAGGAGCGUGGCUGCUCAUGGAGUGGAUUGAAGGGCCUGCAGUGCGGGCAGUGCUGGAGCGAUGGGAGACGUGGAUGAAGAAGCUGCUCCAGCAGGGAGACAACCAGAACCAGCUCGACGAGAUCCAAAAACGAGAAGAGGAGCGCGUCAAGGACCUGAUGCGCCGCAUUGGUCGCGCCGUAGGCAGCAUGCACAAGGCAGGCGUUAUCCACGGCGACUUGACGACGAGCAAUCUGAUCUUGCGCAGCAGUACACCUAUCGAGCAGCAGCAGCAAUCGUCUUCAGACAGUUCAGAAACGGCAGACGACUCACCCCCCUCCAUGACCGGCGACAUCGUCCUCAUCGACUUCGGCCUCGCCUCGCAGAGCGUGCACGAGGAGGACCGCGCCGUGGAUCUGUACGUGCUGGAGCGGGCGUUCGGCAGCACGCAUCCGCGGACGGAAAAAUUCUUUCACGAGGUACUGCUCCAGGCCUACAAAGAGAGUUUCAAGGGGGCCAGUACGGUGCUGCGUCGGCUGGAGGAGGUGCGUAUGCGAGGGCGGAAGAGAAGUAUGGUUGGGUAG